CACCAACAAGCCCCGCCCUCCGACGGGCUCUCCGCUUUGACUGGCUGGAGGACCGAAUGGUUUUGGUCACUCCGGGAUUCCAGGAGAAUUAACUGUCAACCAGGGAAUCGAUGGCGUUAAUGUAUACCCAGACUGCUCCGCGCUGCAGAAAGCCCCCUACCAAUGCAUACAGGAGCCCAAUACGCAGGAGCAGGGGAGGGCUGUGCUCUGAGCAUGCUCAGUGGCAGUCAUGGGGACAGUCUGAAGAGGACUGGACGGUUGGAGCAGCAGGAGGAAAUUGUGAGGGUAGGAACGGAAACCACGGUACUGGGGCCUGGCAACUUUUUCAACUCUUGGCGGUGGCUUGGGGCCUCAAAGGCCCGUAUUUACCCUCCGCAGGCGGAAUCAGACCCCGGCGGAGCGGGCUCCCUAACCGCCAUCUUAUGGGAGUGGGAGCCCAGCGGCCGAGGGAGGAGGGGUUACCCAGGGUAUUCAGAGCAGUGGAUUUGCAGAUAGUAAAUUCAAACCAAAUAUCAAGAUUUGACAGAACCAUUCAAUUUAUGGGGACAUGAACAUCAUUGGUCUUUGAAUGUACAAGAAGAAAUGUUUGUCUCUGGGGGACAAAAAAAUUCAAACAUCAGUGAGACUGGAAAAGGACUGAAACAGAGACACCUAAAUGUGAGUGUUCCAGUGCGUUGACUUUGGAAACAGUGGUUACUGAUUACAUCACAUCACUCAUGGUGGAUGGGAACCAUACACUCGUGUGUAGAUGAAACUUCAAAUGAUCAUCCAAACUAGGGACACCCAAAGACAACCAUACCAUGGAGAAACCAUGGAAGUGUGGAGACUGUGGGAAGGGGUUCAGUUACCCAUCUGAGCUGGAAACACAUCGACGCAGUCACACUGGAGAGCGGCCGUUCACCUGCUCUGUAUGUGGGAAGGGAUUCACUCAGUCAUCUAGCCUCUAUACACACCAGCGGGUUCACACUGGGGAGAGGCCAUUCACUUGUCUUGAAUGUGGGAAAGGAUUUAAUGCUUUAUCCAAUCUCCGGACUCACCAGCGGGCUCACUCUGAUAAGAGACCAUUCAAAUGUUCUGACUGCGAGAAGAGCUUUAAAAGCAGAAAGGAUAUCGUGACACAUCAACGCACUCACACUGGUGAGAGGCCAUUUACCUGCUCCCUGUGUGGGAAGAAAUUUACUCAGUCAUCCCACCUCCUGACACACCAACUUGUUCACUCUGAUAAGAGACCUUUUGAAUGUUCUGACUGUGAGAAGAGCUUUAAAAGUAAAAAGGAUUUACUGAACCACCAACGCACUCUGACUGGGGAGAGGCCAUUCAUCUGCUCUAUAUGUGGGAAGGGGUUCACCUGUUCAUCCCAUCUUCUGUCACAUCAAUUUGUUCACACUGAUCAGAGACCUUUUAAUUGUCCUGAUUGUGAAAAGAAAUUUAAAACUACAAAAGACCUUCUGAAACACAGACACACUCACACUGGGGAGAGGCCAUUCAUGUGCUCUGUCUGUGGGAAGGGGUUCACUCGUUUAUCACAUCUGCUGAGACACCAUCGAGUUCACACUGGGGAAAGACCAUUCACCUGCACUGUGUGUUGGCAGGAAUUUGUUGAUUCGUCCGACCUUCUGAUUCACCAGCGCGUUCAUACCGGGGAGAGACCCUACAGCUGCAUGCUGUGUGACAAGCGAUUCACUCAGUCAUCCCAUCUCACGACGCAUCAACUUGUUCACACUGAUAUGAGACCUUUUAACUGUCCUUACUGUGAGAAAAGAUUUAAAAGUAAACAGAAUCUGUUAACACACCAACGGGUUCACACUGGGGAGAGGCCGUUCAACUGCCCCUUGUGUGGGAAGGGAUUUGCUCAGUCAAACAACCUCUUGAGACACCAGCAAGUUCAUAUGCGACAGCAGGGGUUGUAUUCCACUGUUAAUCACAUCCAAGACUGAACUGACGCUGGUUGCCUGUUUACUGUGGGAAUCCAGUUUGUUGCACAUAUUAAAGAUUAGACUUAAAUAUUGCGGUCAAGAUUAAAAAGUUUGAGGAGAAGACUAAAGUUGAUUGACAAUGAGGAAGAACUGAAGGAACAGGGCAAUAGAUUAUUGAAGAGGAAAGCAGUGAAUUGGAGUCAAUCUGCAGAAAUGUGAGUUAAUGACUUUGGGGAGGACAAACAAGAAAAUGGAUGGACAACAAAUGGCAGGAUACUGAGUGUCGAGGAAUAAAAAAAUCUUGCAAUGCUUUCCACCGAUCUCUGAAGGCAGAUGUACAGGGGAUUGGGUGAUCAAGAGGCACUUGGGAUCCUUUCUUAGUCAAGGGCUAGAACACAAAAACCCAGGAAAACGGUGCUGUUUAGAGCACAACUAGAGUUAGAACAUAGUUCUGGUUACUGCAUUAAACAGUUUCAUUAGUUGAUUGAAAUAAUCUUUUUAACAGUCAUCUAUUAGAGUGAGCCCAUUGAGAGUCCUGAUAAGUUGUUAAUUAUAAAGGGAGCCUAGACUUAAUUCACAAAAACUGAAGUCAAUUUGAUAUUUGUGUGUGUUUGUUUAAUCAAAUGUAGCGAAUAAAGAUAACUAAUAAGCAAGAGAUAGUAUAGGUGAAGAAGACUGAUCUCUUCAGUAAUUUACUAUUUGAGAUGUUUAGAUAAUACAAGUUCAGAAAAAUACUGGUUAAUUCCUGAUAAACUAAAGUGAUUUAAUCCCAAUGGAAGAAGCUGAUUAGUGAGUAUGAAGAUGAAGUAUGGAAUGAAGAUGAACCUUCAUUUAUGUUAAAAGGAUAUUACUAAACUGGAGAGGGUUUAGAAAACAUUAGCCAGGGUGUUGCCCAGAAUGGAGGGUUUGAGUUAUGAAAAAAAUAGUCUAGAUAGGCUGGAAUUUCUUUCAUUGGAGCAUAGGAAUUGAAGGGUGAACUUAUAGAUGUUUAUAAAAUCAUGGGGGGGGGGGGGGCA